AUGAAAUCGUUUACUGAGAGUGGGUGUGUUAAUUUGACUCAAUGUGUAACAGAUUUGAUGUUAAAAAUGCAGAAUUUCAAUCUAGUCAAUUAUAAAUUGCUAAACCUUAUUAUAUUUUCGGUGGUAGUCAUUUCUAACUUGAUAAAGUGGACAGUUUUUGGAAAACUUAGUGAUAAUGAGAUAAGCAACUUAAGAGAUAAGAUCAGUUAUACAAUUUGGGAAUUUUGGUUUGGAUUUUUCAUCUUUUUAAAGGAAAUAAGGCAUAAAGAAGGAAUACAAUCACUUAAUUUGAUCAUUCAAAAUGAAUUUUUGAAAUAUUCUGGGUUAUUUCUUUGUAUUAUGUUACUUAAGUCAUUCCACUUCUUGACUAGUGAUAGGCUUCAUUCAUUGGAUGUGAAAUUUGAUCCUAAAGAUAAACAAAAAAUGAGUCAAUUCAAGAAAUUGGGCUUUGGUAUACUAAUUUUACAUUGUAUCGAUAUAUUAUUGGCAGUAUCAUUCAUAUACCAAGUUUAUUUCAUUUACAAUCAAAGUCAAUUUUUGAAUUUCGAUGAUAAUAUCUUAAUAUCAAUUUUUGGGUUUGAAAUAUUCCAUAUAUAUCCAUUAUUGGUAUUUACAUGUUCCAAAUUCUUCACCAUGUAUUAUAACAUCAAGAAACCCCAUGUUAAUUUCACCAAACUUUUGAAUUUUGUGGAAAUUUGUACAAACUUGGUACGAUUUAUAAUGAUGAGUAUGUUUGCAGUGUUAUUCUUAUACUAUUAUACUUUCCCCAUACAUAUUUUACCUUCUUCAUAUUUAAGUUUGAGAGUGUUGAUAGUGAAAAUAAGAUGCUUAAUCAGCUUAGAAAGAAGGAACCUUAAGUAUAAAAAAGAUAUCUCCAUUGAGCCCGAUUCUGAAUGUGUAAUUUGUUUAGAACAUUUGAACUAUUCAAAUUCUGAUGGAAUCAAAUGUCUCGAUUCUUGUGAUCAUACUUUCCAUUAUAAAUGUUUGAAGAGAUGGAUGAAUCAUUCACAAACCUGUCCCGUUUGUAGAAUAAAAAUUGGUAACUCUGUAAAUUCAGUGAUAACCAAAUAA